GCCGGGGGCACAUCACUUUUAAGGGCGUUAUCGGCCGUUUGAAACAUAAACAAUCGUAUAAAAUCCUUAAGAGUGAUGUCCCUCGGUGUUUGUAAUAUGAAGAGCUUUACAAACUAAACAACCACACUAAAGAAUAUCAAAUUUUUAACAUAUCAAAUUAUUGUUAACAUAUCUUGUGAAUAUCAUAAUUUAUAUCGUAGUAAGAAAAACUUAGUUUUAAUGUGAUGUGUGUGUGUCUGUUAUUAUAAGGGAAGGCUGCGAUUGGCGACCGCCGUUCAAGUUGGCCGUUGAUAUCGACCAAUGGAGGGGGCGGUACUGCGCAGCCGUAGCGAAGGCUCCAGCGGCGCGGGUCCGCUACGAGCCAGACGCUACCCCGGAUCUGCUACGCCUAGCGACUGAAAAAAUGUACUAGUGAUGUGUAAUUGCAUUACAUGAAGGACAUCAGGCUGCUGAAAUGCAGGGGCUCCAAGCCGCGAAAGAGAAGGCAUCAAGCCUCUUCGCCAACAAACCUUUAAUACUCAAAAACCAGCAAUAUGAAAACUUCCAUGUGGAACAGAAGGGCUAUGAUCAGAUGUACGAUGGCGAAGAUCUGGAAACACCACCGUCACCCGAAAGACCACCUCCACGACACAUAGACAAAUAUGUUCGCGCGGAAUGUCCCUGCCUUACCGCUCGAUAUACUGUGGCUCUGCUGGCAUGUUUCGGGUUCAGCAUCAUGUUUGGAAUGAGGUGCAACAUGAGUAUGGCCAAACUUAAAAUGACGGAAAAGCAUAAUACAUCAAGCGGAGUAAGAGAAGAUACACCCUUCAACUGGAGUGUGAGUGUUGAAUCAUCUAUUGACUCAUCCUAUUUCGCUGGGUACCUGAUAACACAGGUGCCUGGAGGUUACCUGGCGUCCAUGUAUCCAGCUAACAGGAUCUUUGGAGCGGCGAUAUUUGCGUCCGCCAUUUUCAACAUGGCAAUUCCUGGAGCGAUGUCUUUAGGACCAGCAGCUGUUGUUAUGUUAAAAGUUGCCCAGGGUUUUGUCGAGGGUGUGACUUACCCCUCUUGCCACGGAAUUUGGAGGAUGUGGGCUCCACCUAUGGAAAGAUCGAGACUAGCAACAUUAGCCUUCUGCGGUACCUACGCGGGUAUUGUCAUAGGAAUGCCACUGUCUGGUGUUCUCACAGAUUACAUCUCGUGGCAAACACCGUUUUACUUCUACGGGGUAUCUGGUAUCAUUUGGUACUUCCUUUGGUUGUGGCUUGUGUUUGAGCGACCUAGCAAGCAUCCGCACAUCUCUGGCAAAGAGUUAGCCUACAUUGAGCAAUCAUUGGGUACCGCGUCUCAAGCUGCGAUGCCUGGAUUCUGGUCUACACCUUGGAAGGAGUUUGCUACGUCAACACCGGUGUACGCCAUCAUCGUCGCCAACUUCUGUAGGACCUGGAACUUCUGCUUAUUGGUUAUCUUCCAGUCGGCAUAUUUCAACACACGAUUUAAUAUGCAAAUUACUGAGUCUGGUUUUGUCGGUGCCAUACCUCACUUGAUCAUGACAUCCCUUGUGCCCAUCGGGGGGAUGAUGGCAGAUUAUCUUCGCAAAAACAAUAUAAUGACUACAACUAAUGUGAGGAAACUAUUCAACUGCGGAGGUUUUGGACUGGAGGCGUUUUUCUUUGUUCUCGUCGCGUAUGCUGAUAACAAAUACGUUGCAACGAUAGAACUGACACUCGGGGUAGCAUGCAGUGGAUUCGCUAUUUCUGGAUACAAUGUGAAUCAUUUGGAUAUAGCACCGAGAUAUGCGUCUAUUUUGAUGGGACUUUCCAAUGGUAUCGGUACUAUAGCUGGCUUCGUGGUCCCAAUUGUGAUUGAUUAUAUGACACAAGAGAAGGAUAAAUUAGAAAAGGCCAUAACGGAAUGGCGCGAAGUAUUCCUGAUGGGGGCGACAGUACACUUUAUAGGCAUCACGAUUUACGGCAUAUUUGCAUCCGGAGAGCUGCAACCUUGGGCGGAUCCCCCACCAACAGCCUAUGAUGCCCCCAUGAAACCUAUAUCAGACCAGGAAACAACAUUUUCGGAACAACCUUCAGCCCCACUGAAGAGCUCAGAGCCACCAGCAUACGGUGCCAUUGCACCGCCCCGCCCGCCCGCGCCCCAACAGCAUGUCCCCAACAAUCCAUUUGUUUCCGGGGCUUUGUACCAAGCUGAACCUAUACAGCCACCAGCGGAGUCCUACCAGGAUCUGACUGAUGAUGGCACAUAUUAAACUUUAACCUUCGGUCAAAAUACACUACAAAACACGUAAGGCACAUCGUAUUUAAUGAAAAGACUUAUUCUUAUCUGUCUUACUCUGUUUUAACUAAAGUAAUUGUCUCUUUUCAUGAUGACUAGUUAUAACAGUGUAAGAAAGUUAAUAAGGGUGAGUUUUUUUCCCUAUUCCAAUAUGAAAAUUUUCCUCAUAUUUACGUAAAACUAUUAGAAGACUCUUUUUUUAAAUAUCUCCCGAUGAAGCAGAACCAAUUGAUUUACAACUAUUUUGUGACAUAUUAAAAUUUAUCUUAACUAUUUGCAGCGUUAAACAACAACAAAAUAUAAUUAUAGAUUAAUUAGCAGACCCGGUUGCUAUGCUGUUAUAUUUUAAAACAUUUUUGGAAAUAAACAGCCGCACGCGUGUCACUCAGGGAUGACUCUAUAAUUGAUUGAUAAAUUUAAUAGAAUUUUGUUUAAAAAUAAAUGUACAAAAUAAAUCUUUCUUCUAUAUAAUAUUUGAUACAGUAAAUCGUAGUGUAUUUUGACCUCAACACCAUGGCGUUGCAGUCUCGGGGUACGUCAACUAUUUUUUACAAUUAGGUAGAAAAAUAUGUAUUGUUCUUCAUAUGUUAGCUUUUAUCAAUAUAGAUGUCCUAUAAAGUUAAUAAAUCCAAAUUUUAUUUGUUGUUUAUCUUUAAAAUGCUGAUACGCUUAGGAUAGUUUUCGAUUUUUCGUCAUCUGUUGUUACGCAAUCAAGCGUUGAUUAUUGUACAAAAAUGUAGAUAUAAAUUGCGAUGUUUUUGCAUAUCAUGUAUCAAAUCCUGUUUAAUAUUUGUAUGUAUGUUUGCUUCUGGUAAAGCUUUCAUUUGUUGGGAGAAAUAAAAUUCAAUUCAUAUGGAGAACAAAAAAAUAUGUUUAUACAAAUUUAGACUAAGCUUUAAAAACAAGUUUACGUGCGACUAAACCCGUUAAAUGCGCAUCAGAUUUUGACAGUCACCGCCUAAUUCACUAAAACAGUCACAUAACCAGGCAUUGAUCUCUUUUCAACUCAGCUUAAAUAUAAUUUAACAGAAAGAGACACUAAAUUAAAAACAGAGUCAUUAUGAUUAAUGCUAGUUCGCACUUAAACUUGUGUGAAUGUUUAGGAUGUUCGUUUAAAACCUUCCUCCUAUUUCUGUCUCGUCCUUGUUGCUACAUGUCAUACCUACUUGUUGAAAAAUGUUUAUAAUAUACUCUUACAUUGAUAUGAACGAAAUACUUUUUAAUAUUAUAGAAUUGUAUGUACUUCAAAUUAUAAAAUAAAUGUAUGAUAGGCGUAGAAAUUUAACUAAAAUGUUGAGAUAAAGGAAGUAAUGUAAUCAUCUUUCUUUUUUAAUUGUUUUCUUCGCUAAUCAUUAAACAAUAGAAAAUCUCUCCCUUUGUCAGUGAAAACUUCACAUAAUAUUAUUUAAAAUAAUAUUGAAUCUUAUAAUUAUUCAUAUAAAUAUAUACUGCAAAUUGUAUAUCGCUUUGACAAAAUAAAAAAAAUCUAAAAAAAAAUGCUUAGUGUCGGUGUCAAUAUUGUACAUUAUUAAUCAAAACCACGCUAUUUAAAAAUUGUAUUAUUAAGCUAAGUAUAUAGCCAGGUGUUUUUCAGUGUUACAUAUAUACCGCUUGUCUAUCUCGACAAGAACUACUUAAAGUAGAAUAUAUAGUUGUAAAUAACUCGAUAUAUUAGAGUCAGGUUACCUUCAGACAAGGUACGAUUUAUAUUUAAUGGUAAAAAUAACAAUUUAAAUUUGAGAAGUAGAAUGUUUGGUUAUGGCGGCAAUUGUUAAAAUGCAAAUUAAGUUAAGUUGUAUUAAGCAUCGUAUUCAUAUAACCUUUUUAUAAUGGUAUCAAAUACUAGGGUUGCAAUUUUGAAAUCAGAUUUAAUAUAAUACAAUUAUAUUCACUGGCAAUCUAUUUUAGCCUGCCUAAUUCCUGAUGUCUAGAAAAAGUCUUAUGAAUAGGCAUAUAAAUCACCGAUUACAAACACCGUGAGCUCAAAGUCAAAUCAUUUAUUUCAAUUAGGCCUAUUAAAAAGGUACUUUUGAAAGCCAGUAUAUAAAAAUAUUUAAAAAAAAUGACUAGUUGCCCGUUCCAAAAGAUAGUUUCAUAUGGAAAAGAAUGGGCAACAAACUCCAUACUUUCUCUUUUAAAAUGUUUUUUACAAUAUUUUGUAUAUAUUGAUUUAAACAAAAAAACUACUAUACUAAAAUAAAAUAGGCGCAUGGUGUUAUAAAAAACAAUGCAGCGAAAUUAUUAUGUAGAUCUACAAUAUGUGAGCAUAUCUUAAAAAAUAAAUAAUUAACGUACAGUCAAACAUUAUGUGAGCUACGUCAAAGUUGAUAUUUAAAAAAAAGAAAUAUAAACCUAUAUUAGCAACCAGUUGAUUUUAUCUACCUUUCUGGUAGAGUGCCCGUGCGGUAUCACUUAACAUCAGAUGAUCUCCUGAUUAUUUUUAUUCUAUUUUUAAAAAGGCUAUAUUGAAUAUGAUGCUGAUAAUAAAUUGACAAUACUCUAUUAUUGACAAUAACGUGCGAUUAAAGACAAUAAGUUGAUAAAACAACGCUUGGUAUUUCGUAUGUUUAUAAGUUUUCUUUCGGAGUUCAUUUUCAUAUUGUGAACUGUUAGUAUAGAUUUCGAACUGCAUAAGUGCGAACAACAUCAUUAAUAUCGACAGAACCUAUACAGUAUUAUAAGUGGUAGAUAUAGCAGAUAAGAUUCUACAUUUAAUUAAGAAUGAUAAAGGGACAAGGUUUUGGUCAAAUAUAUCCUUUUAAUGGUAGUAAUUGUGUGAUUGUAUAUAAACAAAUUAUGACAAUAAUAAUGUCUUAGGUAGUAUCAGAAUGCAAUAUUACUUAAAAAUAUUUUGGGUUCGACUCGAAUAUGUAUAUUUAGAAUAAUAUUGG